AUAGCGCGACGCAAUACCUGCACAGGUGCAGCAACUAUAAAUACACCUGCCCAGCUCCUGAGCUGCAGUCCCAGGAUCAGAGCCGGUCUGAGAGGAACCCUCACAAUUUUAACACUCAACUUUAUUUCUUUUCGCUUCCUCAUGGAGGACCAGCGGUAUCCCAUCAGCGUGCGUUUAAUUGGAGUCAUGCACAAGGAGAAGACCAAAAUGUACAUGACCUCCGUGCUUUGGUCAGACCAGAGUGAUAUUCUAGUUUACAGGACUAAUCCGGAAUUUAAGAAAAUGCAUAAACUAAUGAAGAAAGCUUUCCCACCUGCAAGUAAAAUGAAACAAUCCGACAGAAUCAUCCCCAGAUAUCGAGACAGAAGGCUGAGAAGGGGCAGCCGGGAGAAAGGCCCCACUAGGUCUCUGCUGCGACUCAAGUUUCUGCAGAAAUAUUGUAAUGCACUUCUGAGCUGCGACCCGAGGGUCUGCCAGUCGGCAGACCUGAUCCAGUUCUUCCACCCCAAAGAUCAGGACCUGCAGCCGGAGUUUGCCCAGAACAGCAUCAUGAUCAUGCCAGCAGACGAUGAAAUGAUCAGAGAUGCAGGACAGGAUCAGUGCGUGGGGAACGUGACCCAGCCGUUUGUCACCGAGACGUACAGGUGUGUGGCUCCUUACGAGACCAAAGAUACCAAGAACAAGCCUUUCAAAGUAGCGCUGGACGAAAAAGUCGAUGUUCUCAUCAAAGACAAAGCAGGGUGGUGGCUUGUGGAGAAUGAAAGCAAGAAGAUGGCCUGGUUCCCUGCCCCCUACCUGGAUAAACUGGAGGAUGACGAUGAGGCUGAGGAUGAAGAUGAAAUAGAUGGGAAUUCUGAAAGAGGAAUGCUAUACAAUGCAGUCAAGAACUACAAGGCCACCAAGGAUGACGAGAUAACCGUGGACAUCGGUGCUGUGGUGGAAGUCCUGCAGAAGUCUGACAACGGCUGGUGGUUCGUCAGAUAUAAUGGUAAAGCAGGCUACAUCCCCAUCAUGUACUUGAAGCCCUACAAACACCCUCAUAUCCGCAUGAUAGCCACCAAUCAAGAUCGCCGCAACUCUUCCCCGAACCAACUAAUGCCGUCCCUGGAUCAGCAGUCCAAAGGUCUCAGCCUCUCUCAAGGCAACCUGCUGCAACUUCCUGUCCGAUCGUCCACACCCAAGAUGCAACUACCACUCCUACAGCAGAAGUCAAAAUCUGUUGAUAUCCAGCCUUAUCAUCCUCCUGCUGCUCCGUCUGCAGCAAGCAUUACUUCUUCCACCGACGUUGACACCUCCCCCACGACCGCAAAGCCUUUCCCUUUCCCCAAAAUCAUGGUGGAGAUGGACGGAGAAGAUGAGCCUCGUCCCCUGAGCCUGCAGGCCGACAGCGAGGGGAGUCUGAGCGACAGCAGCAGCUUCAGCGAUGACCUCAACAGUUCCUGGAAGAGCUCCUCAUCCAUCAACCUGAGCCAAAGCUACAACGAACAGGAGCUGCGUCUCAGCCGUACGCCUCCCCCCGUGGUGAGCAACCGCCUCAGCCCGACAAGUGGCCUAGAGGGGAAAAUGCCCCCCAGUGUCUCUGAUCCCAACCUCUACAAGGGUCCGACAACACCUAAAGUGCCCCCCAGACCGCGGGCCCAGGACAUCCUCACCCGCUGUACCACUGUCACCCGCAAGAACGCAGCCAGGCGCGGCCUGUCGCCCACACAGACUGAUAUAUUCAGUCGAUGAAAUGUGUGUUAACUUUAUUUGUAUAAUUAAGGACUUUAGUCAAAUUCAAAGUCAACUUUAUUGUCAAUCUUUCAGUUUGUGUGUACAGACAAAGAGAUCGAAAUACCGUUUCCCGCAAUUUGUAUUUGAUUUCUGCAAAUAAAACUCCCUAGUGAGGUGAGCAUGUGUUCAGAAUGUAAGAGUAGUUUUAUUAUGACUACGAGGCAAUAUAUCAGUUGUAUUGAGGUGACUGUGGGAACAUUUAGUACACACAUAGACAAAGGCAUUCAACAUAAGCAGAAAAUAUAUUAACACAAUUAUGAAUCUGUAAACACUUAACAUUCAUAACACGCUAAUUAACUCUGUUUUGAAUGAUUUAUUUUCCAUACUGGAAACCUUGUAUGCAUUCUGAGUGUGCUGAGUGCACAGAGAGAAAGGGAAAGAGAUGUGUUCUUGUGUCUGGAGCAAAAGUAAAUAUGUAUCUGAAUUAUGAACAGUAUGAUGUGGGCAUUUUGUUUCCUGGUCAAGCAUGUUUACAGCUAAAUUAACUUGUAUAUAGUAAUAGGUUGUGUCAAUAACACAGAAUAUACUGACCAUUUAAAUCUUGAAUGUAUUUUCUUGUUACAAAAAAGCUUGGAACAAAUAAAAAUACUUUGGGUAAACUCUAAA